UAGCAAUGGCUGCUGCAGCUGUAGUUCGACGAAAUCGCCCAGGCACUACGCGCGAGGCGUUCAACAACUGGCCCGACCAGCCGCUCGCUGACAUGGACACGACGCUGGCUGUGCAGCAGUUCAUCCAGCAGGGCGUCCGUGCGCACUACGCCAAGCUCGCCGAGCUGCUUGCAAAGAAGGCUUCGUUUGCCAGCACCGAGGCCUACGACGAGGCGGUCGACCGCGAGAUUGAGCUGCUGCUUGCCCUCCCCGAGCUGCAGGACGCAGACGUGUGGCAGUACGAGCACUUGCGACAAUUCUGCCUCGAGCUUAACGCGCUCGUGCUUCUGAUUCAGGACACUUGCACGCCUGGAUCGUGCCCGCAAAUGAAAGCCACAGACGACUUGCUGUAUCUGUGCGCCGCACACAAGCAACCUCUGGAGUGCAGCGCCAUUGACUACAUUGUGCACACGCUGGACAGCAUUGCAGCCCAGCUGAAUAGCAACAAGUUUUUCCCAAGUCGAGUAACGAUUCAAAAGACAUCUGUUAAGCACUUCCAGGCAAUCGCUCGUCGCCUCUACCGAAUCUUUGCGCACACCUAUUUCCACCACCGGCAAGUCUACGACAAGUUUGAGGAACAAACGCAGCUCACCAGCCGAUUCGUCAAGUUUGCCAAGCAGUACGACCUUGUUCCCGAAUCAUCGAUGGUUAUUUCGCACCCUAGCGACGGCUCGUCGUCCUAAACAAAAAGAAGCAGCAAAAGACGCUGUGUCAUGUUUGUAUCGUUGGUCUGUUCCGUGCAUUGACCUUUGUUUGCUUGUCAUUUUCUGCUUCGUUUUAACAAUCGUCCUUGCGAGAGCCA